UACUGUAUUCGUAGCAAAAAGACACCUAGUAUUUUUCAAUUCACUUUAGGAUUAUUUCUUUGAGGGACACGUAUGUUUGAAGUUCUUGAUUCCUUUCUAAAAUGUCUGAAUUACUGAAGUUGUCAAAGUUUCAGAUUUCUCCCUUGCCGUCCAUCUAUACCCCAGAACCAGGUUCCCUCUUGGGCACGGAUUAUGUGUGGGUGAGGAGGAAGAUGGUUCAGAUUGAUAAAGCAAUACCCCUGGGAAAAAGACGAUUAACAUGUAGAAAGGGAUUUCCCUGCAGUAUAAAUACCAGCACGCGCCCUCCUGGUUGCUUCAGAGCCUUCCUGAUGUAUAUAUGCAGGUAGUGGGAUUUGAAACGGCCCUUUGAAACAGUAAUAUAAUCAAACUCUGAUUUGGGGAGCAGCGGUUCUCCUCCUUUUUCUACUCUCCUGUGGGAAUGAGUUGCCAACCUUUUACUUCGGCUGAUACCUUUAUACCUCUGAAUUCCGAGUCUUCUGCAACUCUGCCUCUGAUAAUGCAUCACAGCGCUGCCGAGUGCCUCCCGGUCUCCAACCACGCCACCAAUGUGAUGUCUACAGUCCCGUCUAUUUUGUCUUUGAUCCAAACUCCUAAAUGUUUGUGUGCAUAUUUCCUGGUGACAUCGUUGGGAAACACAGCAACAGGACUUCAUUAUUCUGUUCCUUCCUGUCAUUAUGGAAACCAGCCAUCGACCUAUGGAGUGAUGGCAGGUAGCUUAACCCCUUGUCUUUACAAGUUUCCUGACCACACCUUGAGUCAUGGCUUUCCUCCCAUGCACCAGCCUCUUCUGGCAGAAGACCCCACCGUCACUGAUUUCAAGCAGGAACUCAGGCGGAAAAGUAAAUUGAUUGAAGAGCCGAUAGACAUGGAUUCUCCGGAAAUCCGAGAACUUGAGAAGUUUGCCAAUGAAUUUAAAGUGAGAAGAAUUAAGUUAGGAUACACCCAAACCAAUGUUGGGGAAGCCCUGGCAGCUGUGCAUGGCUCAGAAUUCAGUCAAACGACUAUCUGCCGAUUUGAAAACCUGCAGCUCAGCUUUAAAAAUGCAUGCAAACUAAAAGCAAUCUUAUCAAAAUGGCUGGAGGAAGCAGAGCAAGUCGGAGCUUUAUACAAUGAAAAAGUGGGAGCAAAUGAAAGGAAAAGGAAGCGAAGAACAACUAUAAGUAUCGCUGCUAAAGAUGCUCUGGAGAGACACUUUGGAGAACAGAAUAAACCUUCCUCUCAAGAGAUCAUGCGAAUGGCUGAAGAACUGAAUCUUGAGAAAGAAGUAGUAAGAGUUUGGUUUUGCAAUAGAAGGCAGAGAGAAAAACGGGUGAAAACAAGUCUGAAUCAGAGUUUAUUUACUAUUUCUAAGGAGCACCUUGAAUGCAGAUAAAAUUUACUAUUGUGUAACAUCCAAUUUUUCUGUUUUUCUUUCCUUUCUCUUCCCCAACAAAAAUAGAAAUUAGUUAUUUGGUUGGCUUCAACAAUUUUAUAUCAACAACUUUUGCAGACACUUUUCUACUUUAAAAAAUUAAUACAAUUUAAAUAUUGGUGACUUGUUUUCUUUAAAAUAUUCUCAGAAGCCAAACUGUAUAUCUUUAAGCCAAAGAUACCAAUAGGAAUAAAACAAUAAUUCUUUCAAAGUCUUUCUCACUCCCUCUUUAUCUACACACGCACACAAGGAGUGUGCACAUGGGUCUUUCAAGAUUCCUUUUCCCAAGGCUGUUUAUUAGCUUUUUAAUAUUUCAGUCAUAUUGCUAAAUAAAGAAUAUCACCAUAGAAAAUACAAUUAGAAAAUUGUGACCAAUGUCCUGUUUACCAUCAGCACUAAUAGUUGGUUUGAACUAAAUUGUUUGCACUUAAGAGCUGGAGGUGCGUUAGAAUUUUAUUAGUGCAUUUAGGAAUAAAUCUUAAUUAGAAGCGACACUUUUGAUCUUUUUAUUCUUCCCAAAGAUUUAGCUUUUUUGAUGUUUAUUUAUAGAAAAUAGGCUUUAUGGAUUCUGAACCCAAACUAUUUUGUAAGCUGCAACAGUGCAGGAAUGAUGUCUGGCUUGUUUACUGUUGUUUGUCCAGUGCCUAGGAAAGUGCUUGUAGUGGGCACGCAAGCUUCGUUAAAUGAAGAAAUGUGCUGUUGUGAUAUUACCAAUGAAGGAGUGUGCUGUUAACAACUGCUACAAACUUGAAGGGUGCGUAAUUUAAUAACACUAUUUAAGUCUCACAACCCAGAAAAUCAUCAGGAUCCUAUCAAAAAGACUAUCACUUUGUUUUAAUUGGCUAGAAUAUGAUUUGUUAUUGAUGAAAAAGUUUGACAAUCGAGUAUUUUAAUUUAGCGAUUUAUAUCUAAGGAACAUAUUUAAUUUAUAAGAAUGCACUUCUUUGAAACUUGCAAAUAGAAGCAAAUGGUAACAUAAUAGCAAUCUAAGUGAUUUUUUUUUUGCAUUGAAAAUAUAAAUCUGCUGGCAAUGUUUAUUUUAUAUAACAAAAAUGGAAACAAUUAGACCAAAUUUUAUUAAUGAUUUAGAAUGCUUAAUAAAUUACACUGUCCAGUCUGCUUUUAGUGAUACUAAUAAAGAUCAAACAUUAUUUCAUAAUCUCUAUAGAUCAUAUAUGUUUAUGCACACAUAAUCACCAUUAAUUGGAUUGCUAGAAACUUUGAUAUAUUAACAAAAAGAGAUCGUUUUCAGUGGCUUAAUCAUCUAUGCUUAAGUACACAUCUAGCACCCAGGAGGUGUUGAACAAAAUAUACAUACAAGGACUUUUAUUUUUCAAGAGUAAAUUCCAUAUUAUUGAGCCAUGUAGAUAUUUAAGUUCUUCUCUGUAUAAUUCACCUGCUUACCACAUACGUUAAUUGGGAAGGGAUUCUUGAGUUUGCAAAAGGCAGGAAUAGGAUGUAUAUACAUACAUAUAUACUAGAUACAUACACAAAAAUGCAUAUAUGUAUGUCUGAAAGUUGCAAAUAGAAAAAAAAAUAAUGCAAUAUAAAUCUAGAAUAGUGACUUUUUUGCACUUUAAAUAUAAAUCUGAAAAUGUUUCAUCUGACUUUAUACAACAAAAAUAAGCAUGUAUAAAUGCUUAUAUCAUCCUCACAUAUAUAUGAUAAUAUCAGACAUUCAUCCAUAAAGUCAUUCAGGUUUAGAUACAGCUAGCAUUAGGAAAUAAUUUUUCUCCCUAAAAGUUAUUUUGAAUCAAUACUUAAUAUCAAAAUAACAAAUCUAUAGUUAUUCACAUUAGUUAUAAAUGCAUUAGUAUUUAGAAUUAAUUUAUUUGUAUUAAAAAGUUUUUGAGACUAUUCUAACUACAUUGAGAUAUUUUAGGGGCGCCUGGGUGGCUCAGUCGGUUAAGCAUCUGACUUUGUUUGGCUCAGGUCAUGAUCUCGCACUCCGUGAGUUCGAGCCCCGCGUUGGGCUCUGUGCUGACAGCUCAGAGCCUGGAGCCUGUUUCGGAUUCUGUGUCUCCCUCUCUCUCUGACCCUCCCCUGUUCAUGCUCUGUCUCUCCCUGUCUCAAAAAUAAACGUUAAAAAAAUAUAUAUAUAAAGAGGUAUUUUAAUAUAGAUUGAUCUUUUUAUAAAAAUAGAAAAUGGUUAAUGCUAUUUAGAAUCCUAAACUGCAAUUAAAUAAAUGACAAAUGUAAUUUGCUAUGCAGUUAUCUAUGUGUUCAUACUUUCAGGAAUAAAUGGCAAAACCUGACUUUAGCAGUAGUCUUUCCAUCUAAAGUUCUUGUGAACUCUUCAGUGGUAAAUCUUUAGGAAUUCAGAAUAGUCCAUUAAAAUGGAAAGAUCUGUCACUUAUACCAAUUGGUACAUUCAAUUUUAUCUUGCACAGAUGGUUGACAUUCAUCCAUUGACCCUUCCAUCUCUAAUGGUGGAAAAAUUGAUCUAGUAAAAAAUAUUUUCAGUGUUUUGGGGAUGGGAGCAAUGUGUCUUUGUGCACCCGCUCUCAACUUCUGGGGGAGAUGGGGGUGGGGGAAGGGGAGUGUGUGUUGUGUGUUGUCCCAACAAUUAGAGUCCCUUGUAUCAGCCGUCACAUUCAUCAGGCUUCCUCUAAGGUAAAUUCAAUCCAGUUGACUCAAAGGAACUAAGUUUAGAAGAAUGGUGUCAAGUCCCUUUAUGGGAGACUCAAUUUCUACAGAGAGGAAAUUGGAAAGUUGAUCUGUUUUUCUACAGCUGCAAAAAACCUAUUCCUGCAGAAUAAUGGUAAUCAAAGGAGAAAGUUAUUAUCAGUCUCUCUUCAGAUCUGGACACACACCUAGUUUUAACGUAAGAGUAUCUAAAAUAGGAGUGCACAAAAAAAAUAAAAUAGGAGUGCACAUAUUUAAAUUAGGUCCACAGGGAUCAGGCUAGAAGUGUGGCCACUGGGUAGUAAGGAAUGUACUUGUGGCUGAGGGGAAAAUGCACUUUUCUCCUAAAGGCAAUCAGAUGCAAAUAAUAGAAUAUACAUCACUGUGCAGGUUGAAUAAAGCCCAAGGCUGCCAGAUUCCCUGUGUCUACAGAGACACAAUCUUGAACCCCUUUCCACUGGCCCCUGCCUUAGCCAGGUACUCGUCUCUGAGCAUGGAAUAUAAUCUAUGCAACACAGUCACCUGACAAAUGAUUUUAUUUUCUAACCACAUUCUACUUCUCUGGUAUUCUGAGAUCUCUUCCACCCAUGACUUUUACAUCCCAACAGAAUGUGACAUUGGACUGCAUCCUUCUUGGUAAAACAGGUAUUGCUAUACUUUUCCAUUCUCUAUUGGCAACCUCUUAUCUGAAUACAGUUGUUAAAGUAAUCCUUUCACCGAAAAAAGAGAAAUUAGGGAAACAAACAAAAAAUACAGUUGACCAUUGAACAACAUGGGUUUACCCUGUGCAGGGUCCACAUACUUAUAUGUGGAUUUUUUUCAAUAAAUACAGUACAGUACCAUAAAUGUAUUUUCUCUUAUGAUUUUCUUAACAUUUUAUUGUCCCUAAACUUACUCUAUAGGAUACAAUAUAUCAUACAGUUAACAUACAAAAUGUGUGUUGAUAUGUUAUUGGUAAGGCUACUGGCUAUUAGUAAAGUUUUGGGGAGGUCAAAAGUUAUAUGCAGACUUGUGACUGCAUGAGGUCACUGCCCCAAUACCCACAUUGUUGAAAGAUCAACUCUAUUUUCAUUAAACUCAAUGUAUAAGAAUCCUGGUUUCCGAAUCUUAAGUGUGGAGAGUAAGUUUCAUUUUUAGUCAAGGAUAGUGUAACAUAAUUUUACAACGAUUGUGAAAAUUGCUACAAGAGCAUUUUAUAAAUAUAACCAAAUCAGAAUGGCUCUUCUCUCUACUUUGAGUCCCAAAGCCUUCUGUAGUAUCCAGGUUUGCCUGAAAAUAAAGCAAAUCACUAAGACUUAUCUGCUUAAAAAUAGUAUUUAAAAAUGUUUAUCCCCUACAAGUUCUAGAAAAGGAAUCAUCAGAUGAAUUACACGUGAAACCAAUUCUUAGACUUAUUCCAUUCACAAACAUCAAUCCUGUACCAACUGCUAAUUCUUAGGAAAGACAUUUGUUAAAAUUUAAGAAGCAGAGUUACCUAUUUUCCUUCCAGAAAAAUAAUAAAAAUCAUUCUUUUGAAAAAUUACCAGAUAUGCAUAAAAAUGUUAACUUUAGCAGAAGCCAAAAACAGAGUAAAAGGGGAAAAAAGCAUAAUAGCAAUAAAUCUUUAUUGGAAUCUUUUUAACAAAAUAAUUUUUAAAAACAAAAGCCCCCCGCAUGUAAACAAGAAAGUAAAUAAAGUUAGUUGGCAUUAUUAUGUACAUCCAAGAAUCAAAACAAAUUCUGGGUUAACAUUCCAUAAUCCAGUAAAAUGUUUUGACCCAUCAAUGUUCAGGGAAACUAAUACUGUAAACAAUGCAACCUUAUCUAUGAACAUCAUACAAUGCUUCAUGAAUUCUAAAUUAACUCGUUUAACUUUUCAUUCGUCCCACCAAUCCAUAUGCCAUAUGGAUACUAGCCCUAAAAUGGAUUUACCUUGUCAACAUUAGACCAAAAUGUCCAUCAUCAGAUGUUGAUCUGGUCACACCUAACUGAUCUCUCCUCCAAUGUUUAUGGUGGGAUGUGCUAGAACCCAUAUAUUACAACAGAACUUUUUCAAACUAACCUAAUCCUAAAUUCUCUAAUCUGCCACUUUACUUUUUCCUCACUUUCUAUACAUACAUUAAAUACCAUAGCAACUUCACCUUAAAAAAUACUGCUAAUACAUUAAUACACAUUUAGGAAAUAAUUUCUGACAAAGUUGUAGUUUAUUUACCAAGGAAAAAAUGCUAAUUUUUAUUUUAAAAUUUAGGUUAAGUAUUGUCAUAGUAGUCUUAAACUAAAGAUGGCUUCCAUUUAGAGUGUUCAAUAUACACAAUAAAGAUCAAAAUUAAACAUAUUAAAUAGUAUCUCACAUGGGGAAAAUUUUCUCAGUUCUUGGAAGAAAGACCAAAAUGUAGUUUUAUUACUAUAAAAUGUUAUUAAUUCAGUGUCUGUUUUUGCUAAUUAUUUUCAUUUUUAUAAGCUUUUACAAAAGAGAACCAGGAUAAUUUUUCUAAGAGGCCUCAAUAUUAAUUUAAAAUGUAAUUUUUUCUGUCAGUUAAAAUAAUUUAAAGAUGUGCACAAUAUAUUUGUUCUAUUUAAGGCAGGUGCCAAGCACAUUUUGAAAGGUAAUAAACUUACCAACUAGAAUGUUCUCCCAAAGGAAAAAAAAGGAAAAA